AUGGAUCAUUCAAUUAAUACUAGUAUGAUGUCUACAUCAUCGGAUGAACAUGGAGAACAAGGUCUAGUAGCCGGUGAUUUUGCUACUCGCCCAGCAAUCAUAUUUAUACCUCGUUGUAUGAUUGAUGAAACUGCAAGUCAUGUACAACCACGACUAUUAAUGAAUGAUACCGAUGAUGAACAACAAGCAUUUAUUAAAGAUUUUCAAGAUGCUGUUGUUGAAAUUUUGCGAGAAUUUCGACGAGAAUUUCCAUAUAAACAAAUUGUACGAUGGUCAAUCGAAUAUGGAGAUGAUCAACAACAUUGUCUUGAAGUAUUAGUUAAACCACCAACACAUCAAACAAUGGAUAAACAUUGA